AUGCUCGGUCGAAAGUCAGGUUUUCAAGCCCAUGUGAAAGCUGUGUCACCAAACGCCACAGCUGUCCACUGCUUCAUACACCGAUUCGCCCUCUGUGCUAAGGUGCUCCCUCCAAAGUUAUUAUCAUGCUUGAACCGAGUUAUUAGAAUCGUGAAUUUCGUCAAAACAUCCGCCCUGAAUACUCGACUGUUCAAGCUGCUCUGUGAAGAUUUUGGCUCCGACCACAUCUGUCUCCUCUACCACACAGAAGUGCGCUGGCUCUCCCGGGGUAAUACGACGAGGCGUCUCUUUGAACUGAGGGAUGAACUCCUCGUAUUCUUCACGGAAAAGGAACAUGAUUUUCAGAAAGAUCUGGAGGACGAGGAGUUUAUCUCAAGGUUGGCCUACCUGUCGGACAUUUUUGGAGCCCUCAACCACUUAAACUUGUCGUUCCAAGGGCCCAACUGCACUGUCACAGAGUUCAUCUCGAAGCUGGGAGCAUUUGCCCGGAAGUUGGAUCUGUGGAUGAAGAACGUGGAGAGCAAACGCUACGGAAUGUUUGAACUCCUGACUACCCUUGAGAGCGAGCCCAGUGAUGAAUUAGCCCAAGAAAUCGUCCAUCACCUCUCACUGCUCAAGGCUGAAUUGAAGCAUUAUUUCCCGGAUGUGACAUGUUGUGCCUACAUCGCCAAUCCGUUCUCCGUUGAUCCAGCCAAUCAGCCUGUCGGGACCGGGGAACAAGAGGAACUCAUAGACAUCCAGGCUGAUGAGACAGCAAAGACGAAGCACAAAGAAUGCUCACCUUUAAACUUCUGGGUAAGCAUGGCCUCCUCGUACCCAACGUUAGCCCGUCACGCUGUUCCCCAGCUACUGAUUUUCCCUCGACGUGGAGUGCGAACAGGGUUCUCAGCCUUCAUGACCAUCAAGUCGAAGAGCCGGAACCGUCUUGCUGCUCCCGGGCAUGAUUUCCGAUGUGCUGUGAGCAAAGUCAUGCCCCGCAUUGACCAGCUGGUGGAGAAGAAGCAGAUGCAGCCCUCGCAUUGA